AUGACCCGAACCCUCAUCAAUUUCUCCUCCCCCUCUCACCCACUGCAACUGAACUUCUUCCCCAGUCCUGAUAUCCACAUCGCCGUCCUAUCCUACCACUCAUUCCGCCCACCGUCCAACCCAUCUUUGAUCCUCCGUGUCCCCUGUCGUUUGCUUCAUCACGUUGUCAUACCUGGUGACAUGGAUUAUCAAUCUACCAGACUUGAAGAUCCGAACUGGUCCUUGAUUUGUGGGCCAUCGCAUGCGUCACCUAAAUUAUCGGUCGAGAUAAGGGCAUCUUUGGAAUUCGGUGGAAUGCUGGGCAAUGGAGAACUCAUUGGACAGCUUGAAAUGUCUUGGGUUGAACCGCUCGGUCAUGGAGAUGAGCCUUUGGAACUGUCCUUCCCACUCGUUUAUGGUGUUCACCCAUCUCUCACGCUGAAGGCCGCUUUAGUGAAUGUUGGUGGAAACAACGACGGUGAACUGUUGACUUCCAUCAUUGACUGCGAGAUCGCUCGAGAAACGGAUGCGGGUCACACAAGAUUUGCAGCACACGUGACUAGCAAGCCGGUCUCUGACCUGAAUGAUGCCGUGGAACAUGUUGCGUUGGUUUUAGAGCGGUGGCCGGUCGGCCACCCUGACCAACCUCGCGUGCGCACGCUUUCAAGGGGCCACCCUGAUUAUCCAUCAUCUCUGUACCAUCUCCUUAAAGCAUUGAUCUGGCGCUACAGCAAGGAGCCUGCCGCUAUCGACCUCCGUGAAUCUGCUCAAAUCUCCCUCGAGCUACUACCUAUCUGCCCAGAGGGCACAUAUCUUCGGACCAUCGUGGCAGGGGCAAGUGCUGUUUCUCUGUGUCCCGAGGGACAUCCUGAUCGUGGUGUCUACUUGAAUAACUUGGCUGUCUCACUCCGCUACUACCGCUUCCGUCACCAGGACAAAUCUGAUGACCUCGACGAGGCCGUCUCUCUGUACGAAGAAGCACUGUGCCUGAGCCCUGUUGGGCAUAAAUCUCGGGAUCUACAAUGGGGCGCCCUCCUCGACCGUUUCAAGCAACGCGGUGAGGUAGAAUACAUCAACACAGCUACCAGCCUCCGUCACGAGGCACUGACAUUGCGCCCACCUGGGCAUCAAGAACGUGAUACCACACUUUCCUAG